AAAGACAUAAUUGUGACAUUUCUUCACUGUAGUGUGUGAAAGCAUAUAUUCAGUCAUAAUGACUACGCUCAUCAGUGCUAUUGUGAUAAUGUAUGGAUUACUCCUCGUAUGGAUUAAGCAAGGAACAUGCGAUCCCAAUCGCAAAGAUGCUAGAGGCCCAGUAUUCCGUAUGGAACCCCCCUCGAGGGUAGAGUUCUCGAACAACAGUGGCACAGAACUUCGGUGCAGUGCCGAUGGCUACCCACCGCCCAGACUGACUUGGUUAACUAGAGAAGGUAAUCCUGCCAGGGAUGUACCAGGAUUACGUCACACCAGAUCAGACGGUACUCUGGUAUUCCCACCUUUCCCAAGGUCAGAGUACAGACAGGACGUCCACGAUGCUGUGUACCAGUGUUCCGCCUCGAACCCUGCUGGUAUUAUCAUCAGCAGAGAAGUUCAUGUGAGAGGAGUCAUCAAGCAACGGUUCGACCCCCAGGUGUACGACGACUUCGUGGUACGCGGGAACACGGCAGUUUUGAAGUGUCAUCUGCCCACAUUCGUCAGAGAAUACGUCGCCGUCGAUUCCUGGAUCAGAGAUGAUAAACAGAUCCUCAAAAGAAAUGACAUGAAAGGAAGCUCUUACUCAGUUCUGAAUUCGGGGGAGCUCCUGAUUCAUGGGGUCCUGGAGAAAGACUCCCAUCGGACGUUCCACUGCCAGACACGUCAUCGGCUGACGGGGGAAAUGGUAAUGAGCGUCAGUGCCGGCAAAAUCGUCGUCACAGAGCCACAUGCUUCUACUCUUCCAAGGGUCACUUUCAGUCAACCGCAAGUGCGCACGGAAGAAGGCUCUUUCACUCAACUGCCCUGCGUCGCUCAAGGAAAUCCACCACCCACUUACAGGUGGAUGAAAGACACGAACGGUAUUCUGAAGUCCAUCGAUGAAAAUGGCCGAGUUUGGGUCAACCAAGGAACACUAAAUAUUAAGAAAGUCCAGAGCUCGGACGGUGGAAAAUAUCAGUGUAUCGUUCGAAACAGCAUUGGAGAAAGACGCAUUGAAAGUGUUCUCAUCGUAACAGCACCACUUAUAGUGAACAUGCGACCUCCUCGGCAAGUUCUCAACAUCGGUCAGGAAGCGACUUUCAACUGCAACGUCACCGGUUACCCCGUGCACACCAUCACCUGGAAGAAAGACCAGCGCCAACUGGCCUCUUCCAGUAGAGUGCGCCUCCUCUCCAGAGACGUGCUUCACAUCACCUCUGUGCGCAGGGACGACAGGGGAAUGUAUCAGUGCUUCGUGUACAAUGAUCUGGAUGGCGCUCAGGGAACAGCAGAACUCAAAAUAUCAGAUGUGCCCCCCAUUUUGAUAUCUUCCUUUCCUGAACACACGGCUCAUUCCGGCGACACCAUCUCCCUAAAGUGUGUCACAACAGGGAAUCCGAUACCUCGCAUCACAUGGUAUCUGGACGACAUUCCCAUAGAUCAAGGCCCCCGUGUGACAACAGUGGACAAGAUCGGUGACAUGGGUCACGUCACCAGCAUUCUCAACAUCACCGAAGCCAGGGUGGAGGACAGUGGUGAAUACAGGUGUCAGGGAGAGAAUGAUGUCGGAACCACAUUCCACGCUGCUCGGCUCAAUAUAUACGGUCCACCCUUUGUCCGAGCCAUGAGAAAUGUGACCGCUGUCUCGGGCGAGGACUUGGUCAUUCGAUGCCCUUACGGAGGAUAUCCCAUCAAAGGAAUCAGAUGGUUUAAAAACGGAGUUCUUCUCCCCUUGAAUCACAGACAAAAAGUGAAUCACGGCGGGACAUUGACUAUCCAAGGUGUCCAGAGAACUGCUGACAGAGGGGAAUACAGCUGCUCUGUCAAAAAUAGUGAAGGUCAGACGGCGUCAGGAGCAACUUAUGUCUCUGUAGUCAUUCCGCCGGUGAUAGACUCCCAUUACUUCAGAGAAAGCAUCACUGUGGACGAAGAAGCGCGCACCAAACUCAUGUGUGUCGUCAUCCAAGGAGAUCCGCCCAUGAGAUUCCACUGGUUGAAAAACGGACAGACAUUCCUGGCUCACGGUGAUACCACAGUGCAGACGUUCGAAGAUACUUCCAUCGUGACCUUCAAGAAGAUCGUGUCCAGUGACAGAGGACAAUACACCUGCGUGGCAACAAACAUCGCCGCGUCACAUAACAGAACAAUGCAGCUUAUUGUAAAUGUUCCCCCACAAUGGACCGUUGAACCGAAGAAUGUCUCGGUGGUUCUGGGCCACAAAGUGUGGAUUGACUGCGCCGCAGUUGGCUUCCCAGCUCCCAGCAUCUUAUGGAAGAAGCUGCUCCAUACAGAAAGCAGUACUGGUGAUUUCACAUACGUGCAUUCGAAUCCACGAGCCCAUCGUUUCAACAACGGAACCUUAGUUCUAUCUGAUGUGGAAGAAUCGGAUGCAGGGGCCUAUCUGUGCCAAGCUACCAAUGGCAUCGCUGCUGGGCUCAGUAAAAUCAUUGGCUUGCAAGUCUUAGUGCCACCGAAAUUUAAAGAUCCUUUUCAAACGAAAACCGUGACGGAGGAAUCCAACACCACUCUCAGAUGCAUUGCAACUGGGCAUGCGCCGAUUGUGAUCACGUGGCAGAAGGAUAAGUCUCUUAUUGACAUCAGCAAACGUGGAAGAUUUUCCAUCCGAGACAUCGCCGAUUCUCGUCAAACGAUGUCAGAACUGCAAAUACUGAAAACUCACCGGAAUGAUACCGGAACGUACAGCUGCUCAGCCGUUAGUGAUAUCGGAGCGGAUGAAGCGACGAUACAGUACAUCGUCCAAGGUAGACCCGAUCCCCCUACCGAUGUCAGUGUCGUGAACGUAACAAGUCGUUCCGUGACUCUGCAAUGGGAAGUAAAACAUGACGGAAACAGUCACGUAACCGGAAGCGUUGUUCAGUAUCAGUCAAUUUCAGAUUCCAGCUGGAAUGGCCAGACGUCUCAGCUGAUUGUAUCUGGAUCGGAAAGUAUGGCUACGCUAAGAGCUCUGUCCCCAGUUACCCUCUACUUCAUACGCAUCGUGGCGGAAAAUGCACUCGGGCACAGCGAUCCUAGUGAAGUCAUCAACAUCACCACGACAGAAGAAGCCCCAUCUGGAUCUCCGAGAGACGUCCAGGUUCAUUCAACAGGUGCUCAAUCAAUGAAAGUAUCAUGGAAGCCUCCUCCUGAUGACGUCACCAAUGGAGUCAUUAAAGGAUAUUACAUUGGAUACCGAAUCUCCUCUACUUCUGAACCCUACACUUUCAAGCAAGUGGAACGAUCCACCGAAGGUCAGCAGCAGUCUACUUACAUAACCGGACUGCAGCCGUUUACAAAGUACGAUAUCGUCGUCAAGGCUUUCAAUGCAGCCGGCGCAGGACCGAAGUCUGCUAAGAUAACAGGAAAGACUUUGGAAACUGCUCCGCCUACUUCCCCGGUUGUGCAAGUAGUUGGCUCGACCAAAAAUUCUCUCGACAUUCGUUGGGAGAAAGAUCCGAAGGAUAAGUCAGCAAUAACAGAAUACACUCUUCACUACAAGACAGAUGAUGGAAUCUGGCAGCAGGAGCGAUUAAGCAGCGAUGUAGAGAAAUACACCCUAAAGAACUUGCGAUGUGGCACUCGAUACCAUCUGUACAUGACAGCCUCCAACAGUCUGGGAACUGGAGAGCCCAGUGAAGCAGUGUCAGCACGAACCAAAGGAGCAGCCCCAAUGUCCCCUCAAGAGUCGGUCUUUCUGCAAUCGAACAGCUCCUCCGUGACCUUGAAUCUGGGAGCAUGGCAGAGCGGAGGAUGCCCCAUCCGUCACUUCGCCGUCAAGUACCACCCCAAGUACCAGAAUCAAUGGACUACCGUUACGGACAAAUUGGAAAUGCCGAGGGACACGUACGUGGUCAGACACCUCUCGCCGGACAGGGAGUACGUUGUCAUGGUGACGGCCCACAGUGACGCCGGACUCACGCAAGGGGAGUAUUCCUUCAGAACGCUUCCUGCAUCUCAAGCAGGACACCCUUUAUCUCCAGCUUUCGGUAAAAGAGAAACGGAUUUGCCAUUCUACAAGAAUGUCGCCCUGGUCAUUCCGGUUGUGGUGUCGUCAUUGGUACUGCUAAUGGUCAUUUUUAUCGUGGCUGUUUGCCUCAGGAAACACUCGCAAGACAGAAGAGAAUUCGAAAUGAGAAAACCGUGCGGUGAUUCGCUUAUGAUGAGCGAUCUUGGAAAACAAAUCACGGACAAGACUUCGAAAACGUCUCAUUAUUCUUGUCCAGCAGGAAACAAAGGAGAUUACGCUGAACCAUACAGCUGCAAUGAUGGCAUACCACCUAAACAGGGGUCGGAUGGAUUAUUUGCUACUAUUAAGAGAUGCCCUACAAGACCUAUUUAUAUGUCUGCUUCAUAUAAACAAGGUACGGAAUCUGCCCAGCCCAUAACACCACACGGCUCGACUGGAAAUCUGGAUUCUGCCAACUCCGAAAGAUGGCGAUAUCAAGCCAACAGCAACCACAAACCGACGCGAUGACAGUCCGUGACAUCGCCAGAGGAUUUGCCGACGUCAUUCUGUAUAUUGCCAUUGCGGGAAUCUGUCAUUUGAAUGUUUUCGAUCUUUGCUCACACUAAGCCUUGCCAAAAUAUAAAACUUGAUUGUUUUUUCAGAAAUUGUUGCUCA